AUGUCAGUCGAUACGAUGCCUUCCCGAGACCACUCGGUGGGUAAAGUGGCUACACUUUGGGCAGGUUCAGGGCAAGCUUCGAAUUCCACCUCGUCAGUCGAAGAGAAUGUUGCCUAUCGGUUUGUUCUCGAUCGUAAGGUUCAAACGAUAUCGAGCAACAGCAUACCCGAGGAUGGAUUCGUAUCAGGCCUCUUGUUUGUACCCAGUUUAGAGCCGCAUGAUCCGUGCUAUGACAUUACCGCUUCGUCCGUACCGGCAAAUGUGACCCGCUAUAAAGAUGUGUCAGAAUUCGGAUACUCACUCGUUGGAAUUGCUCCAUGGGUAACCGCGGAAUGUUCGCUAUCGUUCCUCUCUGCCGCCCAAAAGGUCGGCACGCAUGCUAUGAUCUUUUUCCAGCCGUCAGACAACGAGACCGACAUACCACCUGACUCGAACGACUCUCGCUGGGCAACCAAAGAUGGAGAUAAAUGGAGAAUGGACAACAAUUACCCAGUGUAUGCCAUUUCAGGCCCAGCUGGAGCCACAUUGAUCAAUGAUCUCUCGUGGUAUUCGAAUGAGACACCCGACAGCAAGAGAGAUAAAUCGACAGAAAAUUUUGCGCUACAAACCGAGACCAAUCGAUUGUUUGCCAGGAUUGAAACUGGCGAAGAAACUGAAGGGACGUCGCCGAGUAUCUGGAGCUUCGUACUUGCAAUUGCAGGAACUGUUCUUAUACUCAGUAUCAUCCUAAUGAUUAUCUAUCGACUUGUCCUGCGCAAGAGACGGGCUCAUCUCCAGAGACGUGUUAAUGCAGGCCAAGUCGACAUCGAGGCCUUGGCACUGAACCAAAUGACGGCUCCUCAAGAGGUGGUGAACAAAAUGCCACUUUAUACGUACUUGGAGAUCAACCCUACAACGGAACCAACGCUUCCAGAAGAUAAUGCAUUGGCGAGUCCAAUGGGUUAUGAUUCUGGUGACAAGACCAACUCCUUAUCGCCCAACGAAGACAACCAUGCUCAAGACGAGGCUGGCAUUCGGAAACCCGAAGCAGUGAUGAUCAAACCCGGACAGAAUGACUCUUGUAGAAGCAAGUACCGCCUGAGCCACACUCAGACAACUUGUGCUAUCUGUCUCGACGAUUUUGUUGUUGGAUCAUCUACGGUCCGCGAACUGCCUUGUGGGCACAUAUUUGAUCCAGAGUGUAUCGAUCCAUUCCUGACCCAGAACUGUUGCCUCUGUCCUUUAUGCAAGAAGAGCGUUUUGCCAGCGGGAUCAUACUAUAUCUCUGUGACCAAUGAAAUGAUGGGUGCCCUCAAGUACGUGGAAGAAAUCCAGAAGAAGAAGCAGUCCGAUGUGAUUCGCUUCCUGCUGCGCGUCCGAUGCUGGGAGCUCCGCCAGCUGAACGCCAUCCACCGUGCCUCGCGCCCCUCGCGCCCCGAUAAGGCCCGUCGUCUCGGUUACAAGGCCAAGCAGGGUUACGUUAUCUACCGUGCCCGUGUCCGCCGUGGUGGCCGCAAACGCCCUGCCCCCAAGGGUGCCACUUACGGCAAGCCCACCAACCACGGUAUCAACCAGCUCAAGUACCAGCGUGCUCUCAAGUCCACCGCUGAGGAGCGUGUUGGCCGUCGCGCUGCUAACUUGCGCGUCCUGAACUCCUACUGGAUCAACCAGGACUCCACCUACAAGUACUACGAGGUCAUCCUUGUCGACCCCCAGCACAAGGCCAUCCGCCGUGAUGCCCGCAUCAACUGGAUCUGUAACCCCGUUCACAAGCACCGCGAGUCUCGUGGCCUUACCGCCACUGGCAAGAAGUCCCGUGGUAUGAACAAGGGUCACCGCUACAACAACACCAAGGCUGGUCGCCGCCACACCUGGAAGCGCCAGAACACCCAGAGCUACUGGCGUUACCGUUAA